GGCCUUGGAGUGAGUGCAGCUGCCGCCUCUAGCACUCUCACACCGAGUAGAGGCGGCUGAGGAGGAGGAGACAGAGGCGGCCGUCCCUGGGCGCCCGGCGCAUUGGGGUAUGCAUCAUCAACCAUAAGCUCUGGAUAUUUCCGUUCCAAGAGGCAGACAAACGGGUGGGACAAUAUGAAGUCCAAUCCUGCCAUCCAAGCUGCCAUUGACCUCAUUGCAGGCGCUGCAGGAGGGACUGCGUGUGUGAUGACCGGACAGCCUUUUGACACUAUGAAAGUGAAGAUGCAGACCUUUCCCAAUUUGUACAGGGGCCUGGUAAACUGCUGUAUAAAGACAUACACCCAAGUGGGCUUUCAAGGCUUCUACAAGGGGACCACCCCAGCACUAAUUGCCAACAUUGCGGAGAACUCUGUCCUCUUCAUGUGCUAUGGUUUCUGCCAACAAAUCGUGAGAAAGGUAGUUGGAUUGGAGAAGAAUUCAAAGCUGAGCGAUGUGCAGAACGCGGCUGCUGGCUCUUUUGCUUCUGCUUUUGCUGCCCUGGUGCUGUGCCCCACAGAGCUGGUGAAGUGUCGACUACAGACCAUGUAUGAAAUGCAGACAUCAGGGAAGAUAGCAGAAGGCCAGAAUACAGUAUGGUCAGUAGUAAAGGGCAUUCUUCGAAAGGAUGGCCCUCUGGGUUUCUACCAUGGACUCUCCAGCACUUUACUUAGGGAAGUACCUGGAUAUUUCUUCUUCUUUGGUGGCUAUGAACUAAGCCGAUCAUUUUUUGCAUCAGGAAGAUCAAAAGAUGAAUUAGGACCCAUCCCUUUGAUGUUAAGUGGUGGCUUUGGAGGCAUCUGCCUCUGGAUUGCUGUGUAUCCAGUGGACUGUAUCAAAUCGAGGAUCCAAGUUCUUUCCAUGUCUGGAAAACAAGCUGGCUUCUUGGGGACAUUUGCAAGUGUUCUGAAAAAUGAAGGGAUAGGGGCCUUAUAUUCUGGACUGAAACCUACUUUGAUUCGAGCUUUCCCUGCCAAUGGGUCCCUGUUUUUGGCAUAUGAAUACAGUAGGAAGCUGAUGAUGAGCCAAUUUGAAGCCUAUUAAAGUGUCUUGAUGGAAGUGGAACUGGAUCAAAAGACUGCUGCUUUCCAUCUCUAGGUUUCACUGAGUAUGGAGACCAACAUAGAAUUGUUCUAACUUCAUAGGACUUUUUCCCUCCUCUUCCCACCUCCACCUUUCCCCAAAGAACCUAAAUUAUCCAUCUACUAGUUUCUACUAGUGUUUUUAUGAGAAAGUUCUAUCUCUUCUUCUAACCAGGAAUACACCUAGUGAGAUUUAAAGUCUCUCCAGUAAACCUGUUGUGAAAAUGGCUUCAGCUGGGUUUGUGGAGACUCUUGGCAUCCCCCUGUCUGUCCUUGUCUUUGGAGUGUGGAUAGCGUAAGGGCCUGAAGUGAAGGAUGUAGUUUGGCUUCUUGUCUUUAACUUAGACUUCACCAGGAAAGACCUAGGGUUGAUUAUGUGUUAUUAUAGCAUUAAAAGUAGAUCAGAAGAAGGUGUAAUUACUUAAAUAACACAUUGAAUUUAAGGCUUCCUUUUCAAAAGUACCUAUUGAGAUAUUCUGAGCAGUCAGUUUGUAACAAAAUUUUCUUUGUCUCUGGUGAAACAGACCUAUCUCUCCUCCAGAAUUUAAUGGAGAAGCUUAUGGCUUCCAAAUUGGUGUGGUUUCCAUAUUUCUGAUAUUGGGUAAGUUUCAGAGUUACUAUUUCCCCAGAAAAUCCAUUAAGAUAGUCUUACCUGAAGUAGCCCCAGUGGGGCAAGCUUCCACCCUGAUGUUAUGCAGGUAAAUAUGCAGGUCUGAGAUCAAAUCAUCCCAAAUCCAAUGACAAUCUCAUUGGCACUCACGUCCCUAUUUCUUUUAGAUCCCCUCCUCAGAAAAAAAUCUUCAUGUUUGUUUGCUUGGAUUGAGUUGAAUGAGCUCAUGGGGAAGUGCUGGAGUGCUAGACUGAAGAGACAGCUCUUGAACUUCUGGUCUUUACUUACUGUACAGGGCUAUUUGAAUUUUAAGGCAGCAUAGUAUAUUCUGAAAAUGUGGGUUGCAACCCCAUAUGGUGUCAUAAAAAAUUUGGCAACAGUAAAAGGUUUCUGAGUGUGCAACAACCAAAAAUUAAUUAAAAACCAGGUGAAAACCCCUGAGGUGUUUCUGCCUGUGUGGGGGGUUCACUGCUCAGUCACAUAAAUAGCACUGGAUAGAAAGAUAAGCUCUCCAGAGUGAGUAAUGUCGAUGUUAACACAUCCCGAAGUUCACAUAAAGGUGUAUAUGUUACCAUCUCAUUUUUUAAGUUGUUUGAUCUUUUUGAAAUUUGUCCCAGAAAAUGACUGAAUUUUGGAAAUGGUGCUUAAUGAUUUCUGAUUUUUGAUGUGUAUGUGAUGUGAAUAUAAAAUUGCAAAAUUGAUUUCUAUAAGCCAUAAGAAAAA